AUGUUGGGAUGGUCUGGUCUAGCUGUUGGUAUUGAGGAUCUUGUCGCUGGUAUAGCACUCUUCUCAUUGGUAUUUUGGGCAUGUAAAUGGUCUAAAAAUGUAGAGUUGAGCCUUGUACAGGUGUAAGGAAUGGUUGGUCUUGAAAAGUGGGUGGUUUUUGGAUGGAUUUGAGGCAUUGAGACUUUAUGGGUAUCAAUUAUGGUGCAAUUUGGUACUGGAAAUGUGUUGAGUUUGGUAAUGGAAAAUCCUUUGGCCUGAGUGGUUAACAGUGUUGGCUUAAUCUAAUCUCACAUUCUCAUCGUGUUUGGUAAAUGGAAUCCCCGAAAACUUAUUGAAAUUGUAUUGUUUUAGGUUCAAACAUGACCCCAUCGCCAUCAGCUCGCUCUCGCAGCCGUUCUGCAUCAAGGGAACGCACUUCAAAGAGACGUCAUCGUUCCAGAACUUACUCACGUUCUCCAUCACCGUCUUCCAAAACAUCUAACCGUCUUCACAUCGCUAACAUCGACGAAUCCAUCAGAAAACGCGAUAUUGAGGAUGCUUAUGGAAAGUUCGGCAAAUUGUCGGAUAUUUGGGUGGCUUCAUAUCCACCAUUCUACGCAUUUGUGGUGUACGAACAUGCUGAUGAUGCUCAGGCUGCUUUGAAGGUAAGUAGUUGGUUUUUACAGUUAUUUUUGCUUUUAGGGGAAAUGAUAUUAAACUAGGUAAAAAAUAUGGUUUUUUGAUAAAAUAUUUUUUUGUGAAUAAUUGUUAAUUUCAGGAAAUGAAGUCAGGAUACGUUAGAGACUGUCACAUCAGAACAUCGAUUGCUUUGCCGCGUAACAGCGGCCGUCGUGGACCUCCACCACGCCGAUAUGGAGGAUAUGGUGGUGGCUACGGACGUCGUUCUCCAUAUGGCGGUGGAUAUGGCCGAGGUCGUUCACGUUCACCACGUCACUCUAGACGCCGCUCACCUUCUCCACCACGUCGCUCCAGAUCCCCACGCAGAAGAAGACGUUCGUCAUCCGGUGGCUCUCGCUAA